GCAUUGUGAUGGCGUUUACGUUGUUCAUCUAAGGAUUUUGCAGAGAAAAGAAACCCUAGAAAAGCUUCUAUGAAUAUGAAAAGAGUCAAGGUUUUGGAAUUUUCAUAGCGAUGUUGAAGAUUUCCAUGGCAACAAGCUCACCAUCCUUCAGUGAUCCUAUCGGAAAGGAAAGACUGAUGGAGCUUUGACUUUGUGUUGAUCGAAAGCUAAGGAUUGGUGACUGGUUCAAUGUCCGAUAAGCUAAAACUUCAUUGAAGAAGCAAAAUAGCAAUCCCCAAAAGCUUCUUAGAAGAAGAAAAAUUACAGUGAAUAAGCGCUCAAAGCUUCUUUUUCAGAAAACAAAAAGACUUUGAGAAAAGAUGGUUCAAAAAAGCCAAGCAAAAGAUUUGCAAAGGCUGAUUUAGAAGCUUAUUCACACUAUUAUCAUCCCAAUUAGAUACCUAUAAAGUUCAGAUAAAGAGAAAAAAGUAAGACUAAAAGUAAAUAUUCAAAUGGGUGAAGAUACGGAGACUACAACAAGUCCUGAGCCUCAUAAACGGAUCAAUUGGGCAUCGGAUCUUCUGGAAAUUAAACGAAAUUCCGGCGAUGGGUUACUAAUUUCCGGCAAUUUUUCGUUGUUUGAAGAGAUAGAAAACAGACAAAAGGGUUUCAUUAAUUCUCAUUUUCUGGCAAAUUCCUCAGAUUCGAUGCUAGAAUUUUCAGGACACCAACUUUUGGAUAGCAGUUCAAGAAGCAUAGCAAGAGAAGAAGGUUUAAGCUUGAGACCAUAUUUACAAUUUUUUCCAGCCAGUGUCAAUCAAAAUGGGUCAUUUUCAAGUGAAAUUCCGGUUUUAUUUCCAGUCAUAAAAGAAGAAGGGCAUGUUCCAUCAAUGUCUCAAGACCAAAAUGGUGACCAAUUAGUUCUCUUUAAUCACACUCCAUUAUGGUGUGAACGGCAGGAAAAUGAAUUUUUCCGGCAAAUUUCUGGUGACCAAGUUGCCGGAAAAUUGAUGGAAGAAGCGGCUGACUCUGACAAGAACCAGAAAUGUAUCAUGGAGGCAGCUACCAAGCGACCUCGAAUGGAUGCCCCAUCGUCUCAGUUCUCGACCUUCAAGGUCCGAAAGGAGAAACUUGGAGACAGAAUCACUGCUCUGCAACAAUUGGUUUCACCAUUCGGUAAGACUGACACAGCUUCUGUUUUACUCGACACAAUUAAGUACAUCAAAUUUCUCCACGAUCAAAUUGCCGUAUUGAGCCAUCCAUACAUGAGGCUGAACCAUGGCAGAACACCUGAAAGAGCUAGGGAUUUGGAGGAGAAAGGGCAAGAUCUAAGGAGUAGAGGCAUGUGUUUGGUUCCUGUUUCUACCACCUUGAGUGUAGCGAAGGAGAUCAGACCAGAUUUUUAGGUAAAGAGAGAGAGAACCUUCCUGUAGCAUUGGUUCAAAUCAAUCUCUCAUGUUUGCUCUAUCAGUGGCAGCAAAAUAUCGCCCACUUGUUCCAUCCAUGAUGUACAUUAGUUUGUUCAUAUUUGUUGUAGUUGUAUUUGAUGUGCCUGUGUAUAUUCGUUUAGUUUCUUGGGCUGGUUCUUUUAUUGAAUCCUGUUAAAAGAAGAAUACAUACUGGGUGUGGUUUGUAUAAGACUGAGGCCUUAAACAAUCAAAGUAAUACGUACU